AUGCCUGAGUCACACUGCACUGCCCUGGAUGUCAGAUACGGACCAGACCUGGCCAACACCACUCUUAGGCCUGAGAAACCAGGAGCUGCCAACACUGCAGGGGCACAAGUGAAGUUUACUUCCAGUGGGGCCAGCAAACUAAAAGCUGUAUCUGGAUGCCAGCACUCCAGUGAGUGGGUGGAGGCCAAGCUCUGCCUAGCUCCUGAGGGCCACACUAAUCUCACACCAGCGACAGCCCCCGCUGUCACCCUGGAGUCAAAAUCUGCCCAUCCUGACUUGUGUUCUGGUGGCUCUACCCUGAGGCUUAAUGACAACAGCUCUGCACCCACUAGUUCACCCUGUGAUGCUCUGUGCCCUGAGCUCCUGGACCCACUGUGCCAGCUACCAGCAGAUGAAGAGAAUAAUCUCAGGGCUUCUCAGGGUGCCGGAACUCCAGGUGGUGAGCUGGAACUGGGGGCCAGAGACCCCACCCGCGCCUGGGCCCUAUCCACUGUGGAGGAGCAGGAAGAAGGUGAGGAGCAGAGAGAGGAGGAGGAGGAGGAAUGCCCCAUCUGCACUGAGCCUUACGGGCCCGGUGAGCAUUACCUGGCCCUGCUGAACUGUGGCCACAACCUGUGUGUGGGCUGCUUGCACCAGCUGUUAGGCAUGACCCCAAGAGCUGACCCGGGCCGUGUGUGCUGUCCGCUGUGUCGUCAGAAGACGCCCAUGCUAGAAUGGGAGAUCUGUCAGUUACAGGAGGAAUUGCUUCAAGCUGAUGGACCUCAGCGCCCAGUGCCCACUGCACCUGCCACACCCCUGCGCCCUGGCCCUGGGCCCUGGGGGUCCUUAGAGCACCGCUACCGGCUGCGCUUCCUGGCAGGGCCCGUGGGAGGACGGAGUUGUCUCCCCUUCCUGCCUUGCCCCCCCAGCCUAGGUAUCUGGCUGUGGACACUGCGGGAACGUGGCCCCUGUGCCCGCCGCCUGUCCCUGCUGAGCCUGCUGGCACUUGAACUGCUGGGGCUGGCACUCAUUUUUAUGCCACUCAUGUUACUAGGGGUGCUCCUGAUGCUCCUGGACCGCUCCAGCCACUAAGCAGACCCGUGGUGUUGGCCAAGCUUUAAAGUCCAUGCACCGAUUCUGGUAAUCAGCAAAGACUUGUUAUCACCAACACCAAGACCAGAUC